AUGAAUAACGUACAAUUUACAGACAGGGCGAACAAGGCCCUUCUCGACGCAAAUGGCCUCGCCGAACAAUACGGCCAUAGUCAGAUCCUCCCACUGCAUCUUGCCGUGUCUCUUCUCAAUCCUCCAGCUGGUGGUGUGGACGAGGAAGGACAACCUGCUGGAGUUUCUGGAGACUCGACAGCUGCGCCCCUAUUCAAGCAAGUAGUUGAGCGGGCACAUGGAGACCCUCAACUACUCGAACGAUCACUGAUGAAACUACUUGUUCGACAACCCACCCAAGAUCCUCCCCCAGAGCGAGUCGCUGUCUCUCCCGCCCUCGCCAAAGUCAUCCGAUCAGCCACAGAGCUGUCCAAAACUCAAAAGGACAGUUUCGUCGCUAUUGAUCAUCUGAUCGUCUCUGUUGCUCAAGAUGGUCAAGUUCAGAAGGCUUUAGCUGACGCCAACAUACCAAACACAAAACUUAUCGACAACGCUGUCUCACAAAUCCGUGGUACCAAGCGUGUAGACUCGAAAACCGCUGAUGCCGAAGAGGAACAUGAAAACUUGAAGAAAUUCACCAUUGACAUGACGGCUCUCGCCAGGGAAGGAAAGAUCGACCCCGUUAUUGGACGAGAAGAAGAAAUCCGCCGAGUGAUUCGCAUUCUCACUCGACGCACCAAGAAUAAUCCUGUCCUCAUCGGUGAGCCUGGUGUUGGUCUUGCUCGCCGAAUUGUCAAUGCCGAUGUACCUGCAAAUCUCGCCCACUGCAAACUCCUAUCGCUUGAUGUCGGUUCUUUGGUCGCCGGUAGCAAGUACCGUGGUGAAUUCGAAGAGCGGAUGAAGGGUGUCCUCAAGGAGAUUGAAGAUUCUCGCGAGAUGAUCGUCCUAUUCGUGGAUGAGAUUCAUCUCUUGAUGGGUGCUGGAUCAAGCGGCGAAGGUGGUAUGGAUGCAGCCAACUUGCUCAAGCCCAUGUUGGCUCGUGGUCAACUCCACUGUAUCGGUGCCACAACGCUUGGAGAAUACCGCAAGUAUAUCGAAAAGGACCAAGCAUUCGAGCGACGAUUCCAGCAAGUCCUGGUGAAGGAGCCAUCUGUUUCGGAAACCAUCUCAAUUCUUCGUGGUCUCAAGGAAAAGUAUGAGGUCCACCACGGUGUCAACAUUCUCGAUGGAGCUAUUGUCUCGGCGGCAACUCUCGCAGCUCGGUAUCUCACGGCUCGUCGACUCCCAGAUUCUGCGGUUGAUCUGAUCGAUGAAGCUGCCGCAGCAGUUCGUGUCACACGUGAAUCAGAACCAGAAGCUCUCGACAACUUGGAGCGGAGAUUGCGCCAGCUUCAGAUCGAAAUCCAUGCCUUGGAGCGUGAACAGGAUGCCGCCUCCAAGACUCGUCUUGAACUCGCCAAACAGGAAGCCGCUAAUGUCUCCGAAGAAUUACGACCUCUCCGCGAAAAAUACGAACAAGAGAAGAGGCGAAGCAAGGAAAUCCAAGACGCAAAGAUGAAGCUUGAUUCCUUGAAAGUCAAGCGAGACGAGUCUAUGCGUUCCGGAGACACCGCCACAGCCGCCGAUCUCGAAUACUACGCUAUCCCAGAAACCCAGGCUCUUAUUUCCCGACUCGAAGCUGAGCGAGCCAAAUCUGAUGCCGAGGAUCGUGCUCGAUCAGGAAACGAAGAAGAUGUCGCUCUUAUGCCUGAUGCCGUUGGCCCAGACCAAAUCAACGAGAUUGUUGCUCGCUGGACUGGUAUUCCUGUGACCCGAUUGAAGACCACUGAGAAGGACAAGCUGUUGCAAAUGGAGAAGCAUUUGAGCAAGAUCGUUGUUGGCCAGAAAGAAGCUGUCCAAUCUGUCUCCAAUGCAAUCCGUUUGCAGCGUUCUGGUCUUGCCAAUCCCAACCAGCCUCCCAGCUUCCUCUUCUGUGGUCCUUCUGGUACCGGUAAGACGCUCUUGACCAAGGCUCUUGCGGAAUUCCUCUUCGACGACCCAAAGGCCAUGAUCCGGUUCGAUAUGUCAGAGUAUCAGGAACGUCAUUCACUCAGCCGAAUGAUUGGAGCGCCUCCCGGCUACGUCGGCCACGAUGCUGGCGGUCAACUAACGGAGAACCUCCGCCGUCGCCCAUUUUCAAUUCUCCUAUUCGACGAAGUUGAGAAAGCCGCCAAAGAAGUUCUUACAGUCCUGCUCCAACUUAUGGACGACGGCCGCAUUACAGACGGACAAGGCCGCAUUGUCGACGCCAAGAACUGUAUCGUCGUCAUGACUUCCAAUCUCGGUGCAGAGUUCCUAGCUCGCCCAGCAGGCAAAGACGGCCGGAUCGAUCCAUCCACUCGUGAACUAGUCAUGGGUGCACUACGCGACUACUUCCUCCCUGAAUUCUUGAACCGUAUCUCCAGCAUCGUCAUCUUCAACCGUCUCACCAAGCGCGAGAUUCGCUCUAUCGUCGACAUCCGUCUCAACGAAAUCCAACGCCGUCUUGAACAAAACGGCAAGGACAUCAAGAUCGAAUGUACGGAAGAAGUUAAGGAUUAUCUCGGCGAUGCGGGCUACUCACCUGCUUACGGCGCUCGUCCAUUGUCUCGUCUCAUUGAGCGCGAGGUACUCAACCGUCUUGCUGUUUUGAUUCUGCGUGGCAGUAUCAAAGAUGGGGAAACCGCCCAGGUUGUUAUGAAGGACGGCCGGUUGGAUGUUUUGCCAAAUCACACUGAUAGUGAGAUUGACGAUGCGGAGAUGGUAGACUCAGAUGAUGCAUUGGCUGAAAUAGAAGAGAGUGGUGGUGAUAUGGAUCUCUACGAAUAA